GACUGUUUGUCCAUCCACAUUCCCUCAUCCGCAAGCUGCACAAUUGUCAACAAGCACAACUUAAAAAAAGCUGGCAACUUUGAUGCAUUUGUUCACAUUGGACUCUCCGGGGGUCUGCUUUUGAUUCGUUUCUUACAUCAGAUAAGCACAUCUCUUUUGUUUGAGCUCAUGAUGCUUCUGUGCUUAUUCAUUUAGAGGUCUAUGUAUAAGCUGAUAAGAAAGCAGUUUUUCUUCUUCUUAAGCUGAUGACUGUUUAAAGAGAGUUAAUUUGCUAACCAAACAUGACCUCAACUGAAUGCAACUUUUUCUGUUUCUACUUCAUUUUCUUGCUCUUUCUCCACUGCUCAUCAUCCCUCACUUCUCAUGCCCUCGACAGUGAAACGGACCGCCUUUCACUGCUUUCUUUCAAAGAUGAAAUAACUGAUGAUCCGCUCAAUGUGAUGAGUUCUUGGAAUGAUUCAGUGCGUUUCUGCGAAUGGCCAGGCGUUACGUGCAGCUCAAGACGAGCCCGAGUCACAACUUUAUCAUUACCUUUCCAAAAACUAGGAGGGACCUUGUCUCCAGCCAUAGCAAAUCUGACCUUCCUCAGAGUCAUCGAUCUUCGUGGAAACGUUUUCAGAGGGCCAAUCCCGGCAGAAAUUGGACGUUUGUUUCGCCUCCGGUCCCUUUUGCUGAUGGAGAACAGCUUUGGAGGUGAAAUCCCAGGAAACCUCAGCCAAUGUACUCAACUUGAAGUCAUCAACUUGAACUUUAACAGCCUCGUUGGGAAGAUUCCCACUGAGCUCAGCAGGUUGCCUAAUCUUGUUGCUCUUCACAUCUCUGCUAACCAGCUAACAGGUGGAAUCCCUCCUGUUUUAGGCAACAUUUCUACACUUCUCAAUCUCUCCAUAGCUCAGAACUCUCUUGGCGGUACGAUCCCAGACAAUCUUGGUCAGCUCGUAAACCUGCAGUUCUUGCAAGUAGGAAGCAACAAUCUUUCUGGGACGGUUCCUCUGUCGGUUUUCAACCUGUCAAGAAUCUCCAUAUUCGGUGUGGCGUUUAACCGCCUGGUUGGGAGUUUGCCAUCAAGCAUCGGGACAAGUUUCCCGAAUUUGAAGCAGCUCCUUAUUGGAGUUAAUGGUUUUUCAGGAAAUAUCCCCUCUUCGUUGUCCAAUAUCUCUAGCCUGCAAAUCAUUGAUCUCCCGGAUAAUCAGUUUUUCGGGAGAGUACCGUCUGACUUUGGCAGGAUUGGGGACCUGCAACGACUAAACGUUGGCCGGAAUCUGCUUGGCAGAGGAGAUUCUGAUCCAUUGGAUUUCAUUAACUCUUUGAUCAACUGCAGCAAGUUUGAGAUGCUGGGGAUAGAUAAUAACCACUUUUCCGGUCCAUUGCCUGAUAAAAUAGUGAAUCUGUCGAUCAAUGUGAACCGACUGCUUCUUGGAGGGAACCAGUUAUCGGGCCGAAUCCCUGCAGGAAUAACAAAAUUCAUCAACCUGAUUACUUUAAAUGUCAGCUGGAACAGCUUUGACGGUCCCAUUUUACCUGAUAUAGGGAAACUAUUCAAUCUGGGACAACUAUACAUGAAUGGAAACAGAUUUUCCGGCAGGAUCCCAUCCACCAUUGGGAAUUUGACUAAGUUGUUCGAACUCCGUUUGGAUGGAAACACCUUGGAGAUGAGCAUUCCGUCUAGCCUGGGAAACUGUCAGCAACUGCAGCUUCUGAACCUGUCUGAUAACAACCUCAGUGGUCCUGUACCCAUACAAAUUUUUACUCUUUCCUCCUUAACCAUUAUGUGCAAUCUUGCCCGGAACUUUCUGUCUGGAACAUUACCACUAGAUGUUGGCAACUUUGUCAACCUCAAAGAACUUGAUUUGUCCGAGAACGAGCUUUCAGGCAGCAUUCCAGAUAGCCUAGGCCAGUGUUUGAGCCUGGAGCACCUCUACUUGCAACGUAACUCAUUAAAUGGAUCAAUUCCUUCGAGUUUGAGUUCCUUAAAAGGCCUUCAAGAUCUUGAUCUAUCAAGAAAUAACUUGACAGGAAGUAUACCUCAGUUUCUGCAAGAUUUUCUUUUCCUUCAAUACUUAAAUCUUUCGUACAACCAGUUUCAAGGCCAAGUACCAAAGAAUGGAGCAUUUGCUAACAGAAGUGCUGUUUCACUAGUCGGAAAUGGUGACCUGUGUGGCGGUAGCAUUGAACUUGAACUACCUCCAUGUUCUGUUGCUAUCGAACCAGUGGGACGUAACAAGUCUUAUCUCAAAGUAGUGAUUGCAGCAGUUAGUGGAGUAUUCGGUUCAGCUGUUCUGUUAUACAUUGCUAUUUCUUGCAUACUAAAACGACCAAGAGCAAGAAGUUCGUCAACUAUCCCUUCAUCAGAUUGGAACUCAAACUUUUCCUACAGAGAACUAGAAAAGGCAACAAGUGGAUUUUCCUCGGAUAACUUGGUGGGCACGGGCAGUUUUGCUUUGGUAUACAAAGGUUUACUGUCCGAAGACAGAAGACCUAUUGCUGUUAAGGUACUUAGGAUUCAAGAAAAGGGCAUUUCCAAGAUUUACAUGGCGGAAUGUGAAGCACUGAGCAACAUCAGGCACAGAAAUCUUGUGAAAGUUUUAGGCUGCUGCUCUGAUGUGGACUCUGCAGGCGGAGAUUUCAAGGCCAUCAUCCUCGAUUUCAUGCCUAAACAGUCGUUAGAGCAAUGGUUGCAUCCGGAGGAGAGAAACGCCAAUGUUGUCAAUGAUCUCAACAUAUUUCAAAGGCUAAGCAUUGCCAUAGAUGUGGCGUCUGCAUUGGAGUAUCUGCAUUACUACUGUCGUGUCCCAAUUUCUCAUUGUGAUCUGAAACCGAGUAAUGUUUUGCUUGAUGACGAUCUGUGUGCGCAUUUAAGCGAUUUCGGGCUGGCGAAGUUCCUUAGAAAGCGUGUGGAUGUAUGCGGACAAGCUCAAAGCAGUUCAGUUGGAAUACGAGGAUCAGUUGGUUAUGUUGCUCCAGAGUAUGGAAUGGGCGGGCGAGUAUCCAUAUCUGGAGAUGUUUACAGCUACGGUAUAUUGCUUCUGGAGAUGUUUACAGGAAAAAGGCCGACAGAUGAAUUAUUUAGAGACGGAUUAAGCCUCCACGAGCAUGCAAAAACUGCGUUGUUAUUAAACCAAGUGACAAAUAUCGUGAAUCCGGCUCUACUACUUUUGAAGGCAGAUGAAGCGACGGAUGCGAAUGGAAUGACUAUAGAACAAGAUAAGGUAAAGCCCUGUUUGGCAUCAAUCAUUAGAAUUGGAGUAGCCUGCUCUCAAGCUCUGCCACAAGACAGAAUUAACAUAAAAGAAGCCAACUCCAACCUGCACAUAAUUAGGAAUACAUUUUUUUAGUUUCUUUAAGGGAUUCUGGGAAAAUUCUAAUAUACAUUGGGCUCGGUCGAACCUGAACUAAUUAUAUAAUAAAUGUAGUACAUUCUGCCGUGUUACUGAUGUACAAUUUAAAAAAAAUGA